CGUGAAACAUCAAUUCCUUUAACAGAUGGACGAGCUGACUCUCUCUCUGACAGGUGGUAAAAACGGUUACAAGGUUCAGUUGCGAGAACUUUAUGUAAGGGGAGCAAGUAACUAUACGGUCGAAGACAUUAAACUAGGCUCACCCUUCGAAGCUAUCAUUAGAAUGCCAGCCCUUGUACUCGACGCUCAAUAUUCCAGUUCUGGUGUAUUGAUCAUUCUACCAGCAAGUGGAAACGGUACUUUCUAUGCACGUUUCGAUGACGUUCGAGCCCUUGUUAAGGGUUCCGUAUCAACAACAACCCGUGACAAUAAAACUUACCUCCAUGUUGACAAAUUAGACGUUGAUUUAAGCGUAAAAAAUGUUAAUAUGAAAGUAAAAAAGAUUUUUACGAAUAGUAGAAUACUAA